AUGGAGUCUGGAGCAUCGUCAGGCACCCAAAUUGGCACCAUGCCGCUAACAUUUACGAGCUAUCUUGGCGACGCGCUCAUUCACUUCUCUUUUCCUCUUUUACUGUACGCAACUGGCAUGUUAUCUCCUCUUGAACUUCUCGGUCCCUUGGCCAACUACGUCUUCCUGCGCUAUGUUGGUUGCGAUAAGGAGAAUGAGGAGAGCCAAGAGGCCCGAUAUCUGAGGGAAACCCCAAAGAAGAAGAUUGAUCUUGAUCGAUAUCGCCAGCAGAAAAACUCCUUCUGGCCCAACAGAAGUGCAGUUGCAAACAAAUGGACAUGGACCGUUAUUGGGUGCGGGUUGGCUGGAGCUGUGCUGGAGAAGGCAAGUCGGUGGGCAAGGUGA